AUGUACUUAGUGGUAUGGUUUCCCCAAAUCUCCGGCCCUCAGGGUGAAAAGCGGCUUGAUUUCAGGUAUUCAGACUGGGCUUUGGAGCCCAUCAAGAACUCGCUGUUUGCCCUUUCCUCCGGCAGUUGGACGAACCAGGACGUGGUUGUGGAAGAGGGGUUCAUCCCUUUGGAUGUCGCGCUGGUCUUGGAGCACGGUGCUGAUGCCAAAAUUGCAGAAGAGUCUUUGCAGGUGGUCAAGGCCCUUACGUUUUACUCAGACGAGUUCCGGCACAAAGUGUCGGAUGCCGGCAUGUUCAAGGCAAUGGCGCAGGUCCUGGCCUCCCGAAGCUUCGAUCGGGGAGCGGUGAGCCUGGUCUGCGAGACCCUUCCUUUCCUGGUGGGGCCAGCCUUUCAGGUUUCGACUUAUCCGGAAACGGUGCGACAGAUCCCCUUCGAUGCUGACAUCCAGGCACGUGCGGGCAAAGACGGCAUGCUUGAGGCCCUCCUCGCAAGGGCCAUGUCAGCUGAAGAGAUGCAGCACUUCGAGCAUGGUGGUUUCAACUUCAAUGUCGAUGCAGCUUACCCGGCGCAGCAGCACUGCUAUCAAGCACUGCAGUCCAUGGCACAG